AUGAACCAGCCCGUGCAGAAGAACACCCUCUACGUCGGUGGGCUGGCGGAGGAGGUGGACGAGAAGAUCCUGCACGCCGCGUUCGUGCCCUUCGGCGAGGUCAAGGACGUCAAGACGCCGCUCGACCAGUCCACGCAGAAGCACCGCUCCUUCGGCUUCGUCACCUUCCUCGAGCGCGAGGACGCCGCCGCUGCCAUGGACAACAUGGACGGCGCCGAGCUCUUCGGCCGCGUGCUCACCGUCAACUACGCCUUCCCCGAGCGCAUCAAGGGAGGGGAGCAGGGAUGGGCUGCCCAGCCAAUUUGGGCCGAUGCGGACACUUGGUUCGAGAGGCAGCAGCAGGAAGAGGAGAUGCAGCGGCUGCAGGCAGAGCACCGUGAUGCAAUGCAGGCAGCAGAGAAGCUGCACAGGGAGAAACUGGCCGCAGAGAGGGAGGGCGAGAAAGAAGAAGAGACAGCGGAUCCCAUGGCUGCCGCAGAGGCUCAGGCUGUGAAACAAAGUUCUUAA